UAGCUCUUCCCUUCCCUUCUUGUUCUCUGCUCUUCUUUGUUUUUCUCAUUCUCCCUCCUUUUUUUUUUCUUUCGUCACAUGUUCCACCGAUUGAUUGAUUGUAAAUCCGAAAUUUGUCAUUCGAUCUCGACCCCGUUUUUCCUUCUAACUACAUUUGUUUUCUGCAAAUCGUCUCCAAUGCAGCCUUGAUAUCUAAUCUGUAAGGAUGAAGAAGGGCUUUUAUGGACUAAGGGGUAAAGAGUUAUCUCUUGUAACCAUUGCUUUGAUGUGCACGGUUAUUAUUAUGUUGACAUGGGAGAAAACACCACUUCUUAAUACCAUCCCUCCACCUCAGACUCGGUUGCAGUUGUCUCUAGAUCGAGGUAGACUAGUUAGUAUUUCUCCUUCGGGACAACAAGAGCAUACUAGUGAAUAUGUUCCCAUUUUUGAAGAUAAAAACACUGUAAGUAAUCAAGAAGCUCGCAGGCCUUCUUCUCAUAGUUAUUCAAAUGAAGAGGACACAGUAUCUUCUCAAAACAAGGGAAACCAUAUAGGUUCCAGAGAAGUUACACACAAACAGAUAGUGGAACUAAGAAACGAUGGGAACUCAGGAAGUCCAAAAGAAAUUAUAGAAGAUGAAACCAUUCAUAACCAAAUUGUGGUUAAAGGUAAAACGGCUCCUAUAAAGAAAGAGGUUUUAAAACCAAAACCAAAAGAACUUGAUGAAAAAAUAGAGGAGGCAGUAGAAGAAAAUUAUUCAAGUCAAGCAGAACAAAGUGUGGAAGAAAAUUAUUCAAGACAAGCAGAAGAAAGUGUUGAUUCAGUUUUGCCGAUAGUCUACAACAUCAGCACGAUAGAUGAGAAAUUGAAAAAGAAUCAAGCCUGCAAUUAUGCCAAAGGAAAAUGGGUUGUAGAUGAGAAGCAACCUUCGUAUUCUGGGUUUGAAUGCAAGCAAUGGCUUUCUAGCAUGUGGGCUUGUCGUCUGACUCAACGUGCAGAUUUUUCCUAUGAAAAUCUUAGAUGGCAACCAAAUAAUUGUGAAAUGGAAAGAUUCAAAGGCUCCGAGUUUCUGAAAAGGAUGCAAGACAAAACUCUAGCCUUUGUUGGAGACUCCUUGGGACGCCAACAAUUCCAGUCUUUGAUGUGUAUGGUCACUGGUGGGAAGGAGCAGCAGUUUGUAGAUGUGGGGAAAGAAUACAACUUGAUCUUAGCUCCUGGUAACACACGCCCUAACGGGUGGGCAUAUCGAUUCCCAAGCACCAAUACUACAAUACUCUAUUAUUGGUCAGCUAGCCUAUGUGACGUGGAGCCCUUGGAUGAAAAAGAUGGAAGCACUGAUUAUGCCAUGCAUUUGGAUCGACCACCUGCAUUCCUACAGCGAUAUAUUAAUAAAUUUGAUGUGUUGGUUCUGAACACAGGACACCACUGGAAUCGUGGAAAGCUCAAGGCUAACCGUUGGGUGAUGCAUGUGGAUGGUAAGCCAAACAAUGACAAGAAACUCGCAAUGAUUUGGAGUGCCAAGAAUUUCACCGUUUAUAGUAUUGUCAACUGGGUGAACUCUCAGCUGCCAAAGUAUCCGGGCUUGAAAGCUUUCUAUCGAUCAAUUUCACCAAGACACUUUGUGGGUGGAGAUUGGAAUACUGGAGGAAGCUGUGACAACACGAGACCUAUGUCGAUUGGAAAGGAAGUAUCACAAGAUGAAUCAAGUGAUGAGAGUGCUGCAGGUGCCGUGAAGGGGACGGGGGUUAAGAUUUUGGACAUAACAGCCCUUUCCCAGCUUAGAGACGAGGCUCAUAUAUCUAAAUAUAGCAUAACGGCCAAAGUCGGUGUUCAGGAUUGUCUCCACUGGUGUCUACCAGGCGUCCCUGAUACAUGGAAUGAAAUUUUGUUUGCGCAGAUCUAGUCACAAGGUUACGGGAUGGAAAGCCAAUCAGAAAACUGUGGUGUGCGGCUAUGAAGAAGUGACUCGAAUGAGAGCUCCUUCUUUUUUAUUACUAUUCACAGUUCAAGAGAACUCGCUUCUAUUUUUAAGUAGUGUAUACUCUAUGAAUUCGUAUAUCACACGUAAUUAUAUUUAGAGAUGAAUACAGAUCGCUGGAAGAGUGAUUGUAAACAUUUUAUUUAGCUUGAAAAGAAUAUGACAGUCAUCAAAACUA